AUGACUUGUCUUCAACUCGCAGAGCUCUUUGUGAGCUCUAUGGUGCAUUUGCUUUAUGGGUUUUAUAUAUUCAGCUCCGCCGUCGCCGGAGAUCUUUCUCUGACGUUGAAUGAUUACUUGUUUAAGCCCAAUGUCGACGUCGUCGGAGAAACCGGUCAAAAUCAAACCAAUGUUGAGGGUCUGCCUCCAAUUGUAUUGGUUCAUGGGAUCUUUGGGUUUGGCAAAGGGAGAUUAGGAGGCUUAUCAUACUUUGGUGGUGCUGAGAAGAAAGAUGAGAGGGUUCUUGUUCCUGAUUUGGGAUCAUUAACAAGCAUCUAUGAUAGGGCAAGGGAAUUGUUCUAUUACUUAAAAGGAGGGAGAGUUGAUUUCGGCGAAGAGCAUAGCGAGGCUUGUGGACAUUCUCGGUUUGGAAGAGAAUACGGAGAAGGGCAAUACCCUGAAUGGGAUGAGGAUCAUCCUAUUCAUUUUGUGGGGCAUUCAGCGGGUGCGCAAGUUGUUCGCGUGUUGCAGCAAAUGCUUGCAGAUAAGGCAUUUGAAGGGUUUGAAGAAACGAAUGAGAAUUGGGUUCUGAGUGUGACAUCGUUGUCCGGGGCAUUCAAUGGUACUACCAGGACUUACUUAGAUGGCAUGAGGACAGAUGAUGGCAUGAGCAUGAAACCGAUAUGUCUGUUGCAGCUAUGUCGCAUAGGCGUGAUAAUGUACGAUUGGAUGGACAUUUCAUGGCUAAAGACUUAUUACAACUUCGGGUUCGAUCACUUCAACAUUUCUUGGAAGAAAACUGGCGUGAGAGGUCUUAUUGAUUGCCUAAUGGGGAACGCAGGUCCUUUUGCUUCCGGUGAUUGGAUUUUACCCGACCUCACGAUCCAAGGCUCGACAAGUCUUAACACCAAUCUCCAAACAUUCCCAAGCACUUACUACUUCAGCUACGCGACUAAACGCACACGCAGAAUCAUGGGAAUGACAAUCCCUUCAGGUGUUCUUGGAAUCCACCCGAUGCUCUUCCUCCGCGUCUUUCAAAUGAGCCAAUGGCGAUUCCCACAAGACGUAUCUCCUCCUUAUAAAGGCUACAGGGAUGACGAAUGGCAAGAGAACGACGGGGCAUUAAACACGAUAUCAAUGACGCAUCCGAGGCUACCCAUUGAGCAUCCAAGCCGGUUCAUAAGAAGCGAUUCGGAAUGCCAUUCGUUACAACCCGGGAUCUGGUAUUAUAAGAUAGUGGAAGCAGAUCAUAUAAUGUUCAUAGUGAAUAGAGAGAGAGCUGGAGUACAGUUUGAUCUUAUAUACGACAGUAUCUUCCAACGUUGCAGGAAACAUGUUUUUAGGAAGAUUCCUCAGACUCUCCCUAACCUAUCUCCUCGUUCUCCUCUUUGA